AUGGAGAACGUUUAUACGCUCCGAAAGGUGGCACAGAAAGACGCGUCCUCAUGUUUGAUUUGCUAUAAAUCUACUGUAACUGUCCUGUAUAACAAGUCAGGCAAGGAUUGGUUCUACUGCUGCAGCCUGCACUUGGAAGACAACACACAAUUCGCCCAACCCAUAUACCCAAAGUCUUACUACGACGCCCUACAAACCGUACAAGCUUUAGAUAGUAAGCUCCAGCGACAUAAAAUCAAUCAGUCUGGAAAUUGGGAUGUCUGGCUAAACAAGCUGCUUAAGCGUAAGCAGGACAGUAAGCCUGGUGAUACACAAGAAUCCACUGAUAAACCUGAUAAACCAGAUAAACCAGAUAAACCAGAUAAACCUGUCUCCGAAUCUAUUGCUGAUUUACAGCGACAGCACCUGAAUGCCGUAGAUGAACUAGCAUCCAUAAAGAAAGCAUCGCGGACGUAUUCUUUGAAUUCUAUAAUUUUUGAGAGUAGGGUUGAGAGGUUGAAACAACUCGCUAAAAAUAUAAAAGAGCAGAAAGAGAAGGAAAAGGCUUACAGCAACACUGAUCCUGAUGAAUUAGUAGCUAAUUUUAAGUUCCCAGAAGUGCCAAGGUCAAAAUAA